AUGGCCACAGGUUCUAGUGAGUGUCCCGGGAAAGCAAGUCAGCACCGGGUGGAUCACCUCCUCAGCGCCGUGGAGAGUGAGCUGCAGGCCGGCAGCGAGAAAGGCGACCCCACGGAGAGAGAACUGAAAGUCUCCCUGGAUGAAUGCGAGCUUUGGCAAAAAUUUAAGGAACUAACAAAUGAAAUGAUAGUUACCAAAAAUGGCAGGCGAAUGUUUCCCGUGUUGAAAAUGAACGUGUCUGGAUUGGACCCGAACGCCAUGUACUCUGUUUUGCUGGACUUCGUAUCUGCGGACAACCACAGGUGGAAAUAUGUGAACGGGGAAUGGGUCCCAGGAGGAAAACCUGAACCUCAGACUCCUAGUUGUGUGUACAUCCAUCCAGACUCUCCUAACUUCGGAGCGCACUGGAUGAAAGCUCCCGUCUCCUUUAGCAAAGUCAAACUCACCAAUAAACUGAACGGAGGAGGUCAGAUAAUGUUAAAUUCCUUACACAAGUACGAGCCACGCAUCCACAUAGUGCGGGUUGGAGGCCCGCGCAGGAUGAUAACCAGUCACUCGUUCACAGAGACACAGUUCAUUGCAGUAACAGCGUACCAAAACGAAGAGAUAACUGCUCUUAAAAUAAAGUACAAUCCUUUUGCAAAGGCCUUCCUGGAUGCAAAGGAACGAAGCGACGACAAAGACAUCAAAGAAGAUGUAAAUGACAACCAGCAGUCAACUUACUCCCAAUUAGGCGGCUGGUUUAUUCCAGGCGCAGGUUCCCUCUGCCCUCCUGCGAGUCCUCACAGUCAGUUUGGGAGCCCCAUCUCUGUCUCACCGUCCCACGGCUGUGAGCGCUACUCCACGCUGAGGAACCACCGCUCUGCCCCUUACACCAGCCCGUACACAAAUCGGACCAACUCGCCCACUGGCUACACUGAUAACUCUUCAGCUUGUCUGUCGAUGCUCUCAAGCCACGACAACUGGUCCAGUCUACAGAUGCCAACACACUCCAGCAUGAUGCCCAUUGCCCACAAUUCCCCCUCUGGUACCAACUCAAAUCAGUACACCAGCCUUUGGACUGUGAAUAAUUCGCCCCUGACUCCAGUGACCCAGACUGGGGGGAUAAACAACAGUCUGAGCUCACAGUUCCUGCGAGGGUCCAGCAGCCACUAUCCCAGCCUGCCUCAUUCAGUCACAGUGCCCUCCUCUGGCUCUCCCAUGUAUGACAGCAAUACAGCAGCAGAAGCACACGACGCAGUCCAGUACGACACGUCUCCUCACGGGCGACUGUCUUCAGCCUGGACCCCCGUUACUCCUCCGUCCCUGUGA